AUGAUGUUACGAAGAAUCUCCGAGAGAGCUUCUUCUUCUGGAUUCGCUAAGAAUUGGAUUCUCAAAUCUUCAAGAUUUCACGGCGAGUCUCUCGAUUCCUCCGUCUCACCUGUUCUCAUUCCCGGAGUCCAUGUCUUCCAUUGUCAGGAUGCUGUUGGAAUUGUAGCAAAACUAUCAGAUUGUAUUGCAGCAAAAGGCGGAAACAUUCUMGGCUACGAUGUUUUUGUUCCCGAAAACAACAAUGUCUUUUACUCAAGGAGUGAGUUUAUAUUUGAUCCGGUAAAAUGGCCGAGAAACCAAGUGAAUGAAGAUUUUCAAACGAUUGCGCAAACAUACGGUGCUAUGAACUCGGUUGUGCGUGUGCCUUCUAUUGAUCCAAAGUAUAAGAUAGCUCUUUUACUUUCAAAACAGGAUCAUUGUCUUGUCGAAAUGUUGCAUAGAUGGCAAGACGGAAAACUCCCCGUGGAUAUAACCUGUGUGAUAAGUAAUCAUGAAAGAGCUUCAAACACUCAUGUCAGGCGGUUUCUUGAGAGGCAUGGCAUUCCGUAUCAUUAUGUAUCCACAACAAAAGAGAAUAAAAGAGAAGAUGAGAUUUUGGAAUUUGUUAAAGAUACUGAUUUCCUAGUUCUCGCUAGAUACAUGCAGAUUCUAUCGGGUAAUUUCUUGAAAGGUUAUGGAAAGGAUGUCAUCAACAUCCACCAUGGUCUCUUGCCAUCAUUUAAGGGCGGGAAUCCAGCGAAACAGGCGUUUGAUGCAGGUGUGAAGCUAAUUGGAGCAACGAGUCACUUUSUUACAGAGGAACUUGAUUCAGGGCCUAUCAUUGAACAAAUGGUUGAGAGUGUUUCGCACAGGGACAAUCUAAGGAGCUUUGUCCAGAAAUCUGAGGACCUCUGA